AUGGAGACCAUCUGGAUCUACCAGUUCCGCCUCAUCGUGAUCGGGGACUCCACAGUGGGCAAGUCGUGCCUCCUGCACCGCUUCACUCAGGGCCGCUUUCCCGGGCUGCGCUCCCCAGCCUGCGACCCCACUGUCGGCGUGGACUUCUUCUCCCGCCUGCUGGAGAUCGAGCCGGGCAAGAGGAUCAAGCUGCAGCUCUGGGACACGGCGGGACAGGAGCGGUUCAGAUCAAUAACUCGAUCUUAUUACCGCAACUCGGUUGGUGGAUUUUUAGUAUUUGACAUUACUAACCGACGAUCUUUUGAACAUGUGAAAGAUUGGCUAGAAGAAGCAAAAAUGCAUGUACAGCCAUUUCAGAUUGUAUUUCUGCUAGUGGGACAUAAAUGUGAUUUAGCUUCACAACGUCAAGUUACAAGGGAAGAAGCUGAAAGACUGUCAGCAGACUGUGGUAUGAAGUAUAUAGAAACCUCAGCAAAAGAUGCUACAAAUGUUGAGGAAUCCUUCACUAUCUUGACAAGAGACAUAUAUGAGCUUAUUAAAAGGGGAGAAAUUUGUAUUCAGGAUGGCUGGGAAGGGGUUAGAAGUGGUUUCGUUCCAAAUACUGUGCAUUCUUCUGAGGAAGCAGUAAAACCCAGGAAAGAGUGCUUCUGCUGACUUCAUACGUGCCAAAGAACUAAGAACAGAUUGGGUGUCA